AUGGCGACCAAUGGAGAAGGCAGCGACCCCAGUCACAAAGCGGCGCCCCGGCCCCCGGCACAGGCGCGGGCGCCGGAUCUGGAGCCUCGGGUGGCCCGCAGACGCCUGUCCCAGGCUCGCCACCGAGCCACCCUGACGAAGCUCUUCGGGAACCUCCGGAGAAUCGUUUACCAGCAGUCUGAUUUCACAGCCUCGAAGUGGCAGGUUCUGAAUAGGGCGAAGAGUCACAUUCAGGAGCAGGAACAAGUCUUGGAUAAUCUGCUGAAGGUGAAAGAAUCCUUCAAACUGCAGGACGGAAAUGCAAACAGCUUAGAGGAGGUCAAGGAAAAAUAUGCCAGGAUGUUCUCCAGAAAUCACAGCCUGCUCCCAAAUAAGGUUCAUCCAAAAGACUUUGACAACUUGUACCCAUUUGAGGCAGUCGGGAAGGAUGAGGAAGAGGAAGACGACGAGGAGGAAGAGGAGGAGGAGGAGGAAGAGGAUGAGGAAGAGGAUGAGGAAGAGGAGAAGGAGGAGGAGGAGGAGGAGGAGGAAAAAGUGGAGCUCUUACACUCCCCAGUCACUUUGCCACCCGACCUCAUGGAAUUUGAACGGUACCUCAACUUUUACAAGCAGACAAUGGACCUCCUGACCAGGGACAGGAUUGUCUCCUCCCGGGAGGUGACCCUGCCCGUGGUCUCCGCGGCCAUCUCCCACCUGUGGCAGACCCUCUCUGAGGAGAGGAAGGCCAGCCUCCUGCAGGCCUUGGCGCAGAGGCACAGCGGCCUGGCGGGCCUAGACGGGGCCCCCCGGGAGCCGGCCUAUGCCGAGGACAGCAUGAAGGACAGUGGCGUCGACAGCCAAGGGGCCAGCUGCUCGCUCGAGUCCACCCCCGAGGAGCUCCUUUUUGAAGAUGCCUACGAUGUGGCAUGUUUCCUGGAUAAAAGUGAGGUACCAAGUACAUCUAGCUCCAGUUCCAUGUUCGCCAGCUGCAAACCAGAGAACCCAGAAGAAAAGUUUCAGCUCUACACGCAGAUCAUCGACUUCUUUAAAGACCUCUGCUGUGUUCACCCUCAGGAGAAGCAGGACCCAGAGCUUCCCAUGGACGAUGCGAUGUUGAUGUUGCAGUGCAUGGAGACCUUUGAUGAUGAAGAUCUGUAGUGCAGAAGGGCUGGCAGGGGAGGCAAUGAAUGAAGUGGACACUUUCCAAGUUUGAAUGCCCGUUGCACCCGCCUCGGCCUCCUGGGAUAUUUUGGAUGGACUCUCCCAGAAGCAUGUUGAUGGUUUUCGCUUUUGAUUAUUAUAAAGCAUGAAGAGCGGCGUGGCUCUGUGUGGUCUCUCAGGGUUGUUUGGUGCAAGGGGCUGUCCCGCAGGGCGCACACCUGCUCCCCGUGCUCCUCUGGGCAGGGUGGUGCCUGAGGCGCAGGCCCGGGGCCGUCCCAGAGAAGGACAGGAAGCACCUGCCUGUGGAGGUGCCAAGAUACUGGGUGCUUUCAGUGCACCCUGGGUUCAGGUUGUUGUUCUGCGGGGUUCUGGAGAGUUCUGGAGACCACCCGUUCACCCUGCAUGCUCUGGGAGCCUGGGAAUAGUGCGGACCCCGAACGAGUGCUACAGGACGUCAGCCAGGGUGGAGCCAGCGACACCUGCUUCUUCUGGUAAUAAAGACCCCUGAAUGGAGCCCACGCCAGAUCCCAGAGCUUUCCAGGGAGGCUCCUGGACAGAGAGUGUAUAAUGUCCCUGGGCAUGUGCACUGGGAGUGCUGGUUGACCAAACG